CAGUGAGAGAGAGAGACAGAGAGAAAGGUCUUCCUUUGCCGUUGGUUCACCCUCCAAUGGCCACCGCGGCCGGCGCACCGCGCUGAUCCGAUGGCAGGAGCCAGGAGCCAGGUACUUCUCCUGGUCUCCCAUGGGGUGCAGGGCCCAAGCACUUGGGCCAUCCUCCACUGCACUCCCUGGCCACAGCAGAGAGCUGGCCUGGAAGAGGGGCAACCGGGACAGAAUCUGGUGCCCCAACCGGGACUAGAAUCCAGUGUGCCGGCACUGCAGGCAGAGGAUUAGCCUAGUGAGCCGCGGCGCCGGCUCCGAUAGCUAACUUACAUGAUGAAAUAGCUGAGGACCCAACCAUGAGCCUUGUGCUAUAGUCUAGCCUGCUGACAUCCACAUAAGGGCUUGCAUACUAUUCAUUGAACCUAAAGCCAGAGUAGCUCAGAGAAACCAUGCCACCUAUUUUCUUCCUAGAGUCUUUCUCUGACAGCCAGUGUGUUUCCUUGUCACCAUUCACAACCAUUUAUAUGUAACAAGUAAUUAACAAAAAUAAAAUAUUUGAGAAAAAUGAUGGAAAAGAUGAAAGAAAAAUUAUUCUUAUGAGGUAUAUUAGAAACAUAAGGACAAGUUUAUUAAAAUUUAAAUAAUGUGCAUGGUUCUACUGAAACUGUGAAAUUAUCAAAGUAUGUGACCUGAGUUUAGAAGGCAAUUUUCUGAAAUUAAUAUUUAUUAAAGAUUUGCUUAUUUUUAUUUGAAGGGCAGAGUUACAAAGAGGCAGAGGCAAAGAGAGAAAGAGGCAGAGAGAGAAGUCGGUCUUCCAUCCACUGGUUCACUCCCCAAAUGGCUGCAAUGGCCAGAGCUGGGCCAAUCUAGAGCCAGGAACCAGAAGUUCUUCCAGGUCUCCCAUGUGGGUGCAGGGGCCCAAAGACUUGGACCAUCUUACUACUGCUUUCUCAGGCCAGAGCAGAGAGCUAGAUCAGAAGUGGAGCAGCUGGGACUCAAACCGGUGCCCAUAUGGGAUGCCAGCACUGCAGGUGGUGGUUUUACCUGCUACACCUCAGUACCAGCCCCCAAAUUAAUAUUUUUAAGACUUUGAGAACACAGGUAAUUUCUUUUGUUCUUUAAAUUUGCAGCCAUUGGGGGCAGUGUUGUGUAUUAAACCACAGCUUGCAACACCAACAUCCCAUAUCAAGAGCGUCAGUUCAAAUUCCAGCUAAUCUGCUUCUGACCCAGCCAUCCUGCUAGUGUGCUUCAGAAGGCAGCAGGAGAUGGCCCAAUUGCCUGGGCCCGUGGCAUCCAUUUGGGAUCCCAGGAUGGAGUUCCUUGACUCCUGGCUUCAGCCUGGCGCAGACCUGACUUUUGUGGCCAUUUGGGGAGUGAACCAGGGAAUAGAGAAUCUCUCUCUCCCUCUUUCCAGUAAAUAAAUCUUUAAAAAUUUUUGUGGAUGUGUAAGUUUUGCAAUUGAGAAAAUAUAAGUAAAAAUGCAUCCUACAGCUUUAUAAAUGGCCAUAAUAGCUACGAAUUACUCCAGAAUGCAUUUUUAAGAUGUUUCCAAAAGAUGUUAUAAUAACAUGUGCUUAUACCUACACCCCAUUCUCUUUUUCUGUCUUUAAAUGCUUAUUUAUUUAUGUCUACUUGAAAGGCAGGACAAAAAAGAGAGAGAAAGGGAUGGUGAGAGACCUGGUUCACUCCUCAAAUGCCCUCAACAAGCAGGGCUGGGUCAAGCCAAAGCCAGGAGCCAGGAACUCUAUCUGGGUCUCCUUGUGGGUGGCAGGGACCCAAGCACUUGAGACAUUGCCUGUGACAACCCAGGAUGCAUUUUCAGGAAGUUGAAUUGGAAGCAGCAAAGCCAGGACUCUAACUGGCACUCCAAAAUGGGAUAUAGGCAUCCUAAGCAGAGGCUUAACCAGUGCAACUCAAUGCCUACCUCCUCUUACCCUUUCUUUACCUCACCAUUCCACCAAUAGCUUUCCUCAAGGUAUCUAUAAUCAUUCCAAUUGUUAAUUUUCAAGUCCUCACUUAUGUAGACUAUCAGCAGCAGUAUUUGGCAUAGUUGACUGCUCCUUCUGCUACUUUAAUGCUAAUCUGUAAACUUUUCAGAAUGUAGCUCCAAAAUACAAUAUCUCGUUAAUACCAAUUUUAUAAUAUGAAUGCUUGUAUCCCCCUACGGAUUCAUAUUUUGAAACCUAACUCCCGAGAUGAUGGUAUUAAGUGAUGGAACCUUUGGAAAGUAAUUAGGUCAUAAGGGUUCCACCUCAUGAAUGGGAUUAGUGUCCUUACAGUAGAAGCUUAGAAGCUUGAGGGAUACUCUUUUUUUUUUAAGAUUUAUUUACUUAUUUGAAAGGCAGAGUUACAGAGAGGCAGAAGCAGAGAGAGAGAGAGAGAGAUAGAGAGAGAGAGAGAAAGGUCUUUCAGAUAUCUGCUGGUUCACUCCCCAGAUGGCCGCAAUGGCCAGAGCUGCACUGAUCCAAAUCCAGGAGCCAUGAACUUCUUCUGAGUCUCCCACCCUGUGCAGGGACCCAAGCACUUGGGCCACCUUCUACUGCUUUCCCAGGUCAUAGCAGAGAGCCGGAUUGGAAGUGGAGUAGCCAGGAUAUGAACUGAUACCCAUGUGGGAUGCCAGCACUGCAGGUGGCGGCUUUACCUGAUACACCACAGUGCCAGUCUCUGGGGGAUACUCUUUACCCCUCCCCCAAUGUGAGGACACUUGAAGAUACCAUCUCCGAGGAAUGAGCCCUCACCAGAUGCUGAAUCUGCUACAGCCUUGAUGUUGGACUUCUCAGCCUCCAGAACUAGAGAAGCUGCAAUUGAUUAUGACAAGUUUUAUGCAUCAGUUCAGGAAAUCUUUGGUCCAGAAGUGAAGAAUCAAGAUGUGAAGUGCUUUUACAGGAAACUCUGCAAAAACCCUGAUGCACCUAUAGACUGGUGUGAGAUCUUUGGAUAUUUCUCCAAUGAAAAAGAUGCUCUUUCUUCAAAGAUGGAUGAAGAAAAUUUGAUUUUCCUGGUCUCCAGAAAACAACGAGUUAAAAUUGCAGGUAGUAGAAGACGGGAUGAGAUCAAGUGCAUUGUCAAGAUUCCUCAAUUGGAUUUACUAGUAACAGCUUCUCAGAAAGGAUUACUCACUGUCUUUAAUAGCCAGAUGAAAGUUCAGACCAGCAUCAAUGUUACAGGUACCUCCUGGAUUACAGGAUGUGAUUACCUCUUACAGCUGAAACGAAUUGUUGCCAUUACAGAAAGGAGCAUCAUUAUCUGGGAUUAUAAAGCUCAAGAGAACAGCCAGGAAAACUACUUUGUGAUUGAGCCCAUGGACCCCCGCCUCCUGUGUGUGUGUGUGGUGCCUAUGCCUGAACAGCUCUACAGAGAUGACAUCCUCUUUGGGGAUGACAGUGGUUUUGUGAGCAGAUUCACCAUAAAUAGUGUUGACUUUCGACUAAAGCAGACAAAAUCCAAAAGGAACUGUCAAAAUCAGGUCUUAGAUUCAAAGAACUUUAAAAGUGUUAAAAGGAAGCUGCAUAAUGACUGGGUUAUGAAAAUUAGAUAUAUUCCAGCCCUAAAUUGCUUUGGAUCCUGCUCCUUAGACAGUAUCCAUUCAUUUGUUUUGGGAUCAUUGAGGAGACUUGAGGAUAAUUUGCCUGUCAGAGAGUUUGCCAUGCCAAGAGGAGCCAACACAUUUUGCUACUGUUCCAAAGCAAAUGUGAUUGUUACUGGAGGAGAAGAUAAGGUACUCCGUCUGUGGCACCCCAACAUCAGCACCAAACCAGUGGGGAAACUUGUGGGACACAUGUUCAGUGUCACUGAGAUUGUAACCAAUGAGAAAGAUCAACACGUCAUCAGCCUUUCCUCUGCAAAGGUUUUCAGGGUGUGGGAUAUACAGACUCUCUCACUACUUCAAAUCUUCCAUGAUACCCAGGGAGGACCAGGAGACAUGCAGAUUUAUUCUAUGAUAUAUGAUGCCAAUCAUGGCAUGCUCAUAACAGGGUCUAGUGUUAUGGACAUGUACCCUUUGUCAAGGAUGAUACAAGAUACAGAACAUGUUCCUCACACACAUAAACAAGAAAUCAAUGUCAUGCUUUACAACAAAUCUUUUCACCAAGUACUCACUAUUUGCUCUGAAUCCAUAAUUAAGGUAUGGGAACUCGAGACUGGUUUCCAAAUAUACCAGAUUUCAGAUGCUCAUGGCUACGGUGUUGAAGUGACAUCAGGAGAUAUUGAUGAAAGUGGAUUUUGUUUUGCCACAGGAGCAUAUAAUGGAACAGUGAAAAUCUGGGACUUUGGCAGUGGGCAAGAGAUGAAAGUGUUGCCUAAAGGGAAAGAAUGGAAGGAGGAAGAGCACUGGGUGAAACGUCUGAUUUUCCUCAAAGCUCAAGAAAAACAGCAGAACUUGAUCCUUGCUUUGGAGCGCAACGGAGCUAUCAAAAUCAUGCAGGGCAAGGAAAAUGAUAUUUUCCUCACUGUGAUAUGGGAGCUGCCUGAUGCCAUGCCUUAUUUCCAGAAUGGGAUUCACGUGGUGCAUCUGGAGAUGUCUACUAGAGACAGGAACAUGGCUAUUCCUUUCCCAGAUGUCAAAUUAAUAGUUGAGAAAAAGUUUCCUCAUCACACUACUAACCCUGCCAUUAGUACUGAAGUCAACUGUGUUAAUUUGUUACAAGUAGAAGGAUAUAAUUUGAUAGCUGUUGGAACUGUAAAUGGUGUGAUCAUCUUAUGGAAUUUUGUAACAGCUACUGUCAAAGAAGUGUACCGACCUGAAGAUUCCUUCAUUGUGGACAGUAACGUGGAUCCCAAACACUUAAGAAUAAAUGAUAUACUGUUCCUCUUUCGUACACCUGAAUGUGAAAGAUCAAGUCAAGAUUCCAUUGGUUCCUCAAGCCAGUGUGACUCUAGCAAGAGUCCACAGAGUUGUAAGGGAAGCAGACAAAGUAUACAUGAUGGUGAUGUUAAAGGUGAACAUACAGAUGUUACAGUGAGAGAGACACAUGCAGUGGACAAAAAACAUUUCGGAGCUGCCAACUUAAUAGAAUCUCAGCCACCCAUCCUUGCCACUGCUCAUGAAGAUGGACACCUCCGCUUGUGGACUAUGGAGGGAAGGCUAAUAAAAGAUACGCUACCUUUCACAAAACAUUCUGCCAUUCCUCUGGCAUCACUGUAUACUGAUUCAUGCGCCAGGAUGCUACUGACUGGAAAUAUGGAAGGACAUGUUAUCAUAUUCAGCAUUAAUUCCUUCCUGGAACCUCCUCAUGAUGAAAAGAAAUUCAAGCAGCUGCUUUCCUGGCGUGCCCAUGCAUUAGAAAUUAUUCAAGUAAUCUACGUGGAAGACAAACAAAUAGUGCUUACAGCCUCCAUUGAUGGCUCAGUAAGGCUUUGGCAUGCCCUCAGUGGUCAUUACUGUGGCUACUUUGGACAGCGAAGGAACUUUGAAUUAUCACAGACAAGUGACUUCAUUUUGCCUUGUGAUGUUAGCGAAUAUCCCAUAGCAAUGAAAGAAGAAAGCAAUUUAAAAGAAAAGGAAAGAUAUGAAUAUCCUCUGGUAUUUGACCGAACAAGAUGGAGGAAAAUGAGCUCAAUGUCUUUACUAUUUAAAUGUACACCUCCCAAGCCCUUUGAAGUGGAACACGAUUUUAAGUUUUUCAAGUCUCUUUCUUCUCCCAAGACUCAAAGAUAUGCCUUGGAAAGUUCCUUGAGUGAAAACAUUAAGGCAGGGAUUGUAUUCGGUUCUCUGCCUAUAUACAGGGUUCCAAGUCCCCCUAGUCUAAGAUUCCUUCCACUCAUUGGUUCAGAUGCACGAAGUGAAUCUUUAGAUGGCAUUUCCAGAAGAAAGAAAGGAGGUCAUGUUCAACAUGAAAAAGUACCACGGAGAAGAAAUCUGAAAAGAAAUUUAGUUCCACAAAUAGAUCUGACUUCAUACAUCUUCCCAACAAUGCCUAAGUAAAGAGGAACUCUGAAAUAGCUGUUGUACAUAAAAUGCAAAAUUCUGGAUAGUAUUAAACAAGUAGCAAGCAGCCAGUUUGCCAACUUCUUUAUGCAUUGAAAUCAACAUAAUGAGUAGGCAGUUUUUGUUUUCUGUAAAACAAAUCAAUAGUAUAAGUAAAUCUAAAAUAAUGCUACCAGU